AUGGUUUUUGUUUAUACUGCUACAGACGGGUUAGUAGGCUUAGGCCCUGGAUUAGUCCAUUGGGGGGUUCUUCUUUUGCCGCGUAUGGUUUGUGGUUGGGGACUUUUAGCUGGAACUCGAUUGGAAAACUUACCAGAAACAGGUCUUUUCCUUAUUUAUAUCUUAUUGUUACGUAUCAUAGGUAUUCUACCUUCACCUUUACUGGCAGCUAUCACAGCCGGUCUUUUCUUUAGUGGCGCAGCCAUUACUACCCAACUUAGAAAGGGUUUACUUUGGGAAGUCUUAGCUAUUCUAGCCAGUGCAGCUGAUGGCUGGCUAGUUUGUUGCUUAGCCCAAAGUACAACUCCUUUUAAUCUACUUAGUACAGGUCUAGCCUCAUUCUUAGUUCUAGUCCUUAUUGGUCAUCGACCAGGAGUAAGAGCUGCUCUAACUAAAGAUUUAGGACUAGCUGUUUUAGGAUUCCUACACCAACUACAAGUACAUAUACCCUACCACAACUACAUACUAGUACUUAUAACUCUCAUCUCAGGCUUUUACUUUACCUACCACGCCCAUACACAUCCCCACUCCACCCCAAGUAAGUCUAAGUCUAAAUCUACUACUAAAUCCAAGUCUUCUACUACUAAGUCCACCAAAGCAACCAAAGCAGAUACCAAAGCCAAGUCAACCAAAGCAACCAAAGCAACCAAAGCAGAUACCAAAACCAAGUCCACUAGUAAAUCCCGAGCACAUUCCGAUGACCAAACAAAAGAUACGUCUUCAUCUACUUCUAACUCAUCUACUUCUAACUCAUCUACUACUAACUCAUCUACUUCUAGCUCAUCUACUAACUCAUCUUCUACUUCUACUCCUAGAAAGCGGCCUGUACGUCGUGCUGCACGCCAGGCUCGCUCUACUUAA